GCAGCAUAGCCGAGACAAACCCAAUCUCAACCGCCGAACCGUACGAACGUGGUUUUGCGUUGCUCCGUUGCCGGGCUUUCGAUCUCCGUUUGCCUGCUGGCUAGUGCCGCUGUUGGCGCAUAAGCGAUCGUGAUCUUGCCAUGAUCGUUGGCUAAAAAUUGGUUAGUGUCUCGGCAGAGGUGGAAGUAGCGACUUUGGGCAAGAAUUGUAUUCGAAGGUACAUCGUCACCUACCCGCACCGUUGCAUAACAAAUGCAGAGACACUUGCAACUCCAAUUAACGGUCAGUCAGUUAUACCAGCAGUGCAUUUGGUGUGUGCAGUGCGUGACAAGUGUGUGAUGUUUAGUGGACAUUCUGUUCGUACGGAAGAUUACAUCCAUAUUCGGCGUGAUCGUUAAGCGAGCGUGAUAGAUACCGUCACGGUGCGAAAUAGGAAAGGACUCAAUUGGGCAUUAUAUUAACUUGUGAAGUGGUGAGAGGUAAUGUUCGGGUGUGAAUCCUCAAACCGCGAUUCUUCUCAUGCACACAUCGUACGGACGUACGAUCGUCCGCCAUUUUCGCCGCCAUUGUAAGGAAGAACAGUGUUGGACCGUAGAGCAUCAUCAUCAUUAUCAAAUCAGGUCAAUUUAUAUCAGAAAGCAAUAACUUUCAACGCCGUUCGGUUCGUUUCGUGAUGUGCAGUAGUACAGUGUGGAAGUGGUAAUCGAUGAUAGUGGUGUAGCGAUCAGUGUUACCGUGUGUUUCCGAGUGAAGCGGGCGCGUUAACCUCCGUCCUCCGGCAGUGUUUUCUAGCAAGGUGUUCCCCAACUAAUUGUUGUGCAUGUAAAUCGUGUUGUGAAGAAAAACGCGCGCGCGUACGGGAGGUUUCAGGUUCCCGCCGAACGACCACUUUCUUCGAUCGAGUCCCGGGGUGGAGUGAUCCAUUUUGCAUUGAGCUGACUCGAGUGGCGCCAACGAAACCGCAAACCGACUUGUUCGUGUUCCGUGGAAUCGCUGCCGUACCGGUGUAAACAAACCAAACGGGGGAAAUACGAUUCCCACCGGGACGGGACGGAGUGGUCUAUUCGCGAGCACGCGCACGCUACCCCAAAACGGACGACGGUGUUUACUUCCUCAGACACUGUGCCCCGGUGUUUGCUGCUGCACCUGUGCCUGGCGCCCGGCCGGUGUGUGUAAUGCGAUUUUAAAUCAUCAACAGCAGACUUCGCAGAACUGAGUGUGGCCGGGUUGUGUGUGUGCGUGUGUGUGUGUCUCUGAUCGUACAGUCAGCGGAAGACAGCUUGGACGAUGUGGUUGGCACCGGUUUGCUGUGUGGCGGUGCUGCUGGUAGGAUGUCUGCAAACGGCCGCGGCCAUUCCACCGAAAUCGGAACCCACGAUAUCGGAAUGUGCUGCCAAGGGUGGCGAAUGUGACGAAAGCAAAGGACGUCCGGUGUGUGGAAGCGACAACAAGACCUAUCCUACACGGUGCCAUCUGAUCCGUGCGCAAUGCAGCGGACAUCAGGUCGCUUUCAAGCAUCGAGGAUCAUGUAAAGACGUGUGCAUUGCCUCGAGGACUUAUGCUCUGCAGCAAAGAGCCAACUCUCCGUACACGGUCAAGUACGUACCGCGAUGCCGGGAGGAUGGAACCUACGCACCGGUCCAGUGCAUCGACGGUGGUGGCUGUUGGUGUGUGAAUGGGCAGGGCAAACAGCUGCCCAACACCAUGGUACAGCACGGGAAGCCCAUCUGCGUGAAGAAGGGCAAAUCGAACCAGCGUCGAUCGUCACCCCGCAACCCGGUUCGCAACAAGCGCGGUUGCAGUGGGCUAGAUCGGGCCGUGUUCAACACUAACCUGCUGAAACUGUUCCAAAACGAGCAUGUCCGGGUACACCAGCACAAUCUGACCGGUCCGAUCAACGAGAAGGCGGUGCUGGACUGGAAGUUUGCCGUGAUGGAUCUUAAUGGGAACAAUCUCCUGGACAAGACGGAGUAUCGCACGAUGAAGCGACUGAUCAAGAAGGUCGUGAAGCCGAAGCGCUGUGGCAGAUCGUUCGGCAAGAACUGUGACGCAGACCAGGACGAACGACUAUCGCGUAACGAAUGGUACAACUGUUUGGCAAAAGAUGACGUCACACCUCACAACCCGUCGUCACAAUCACCAUCAUCAUCAUCAUCAAUAUCUAGUUCCUCUUCCGGUGGUUCUGGACACUACACUGUCCCCCAUCUGCAUCAUCAUCAACAUCAUCAUAGCACUCUCGGUGGGCUGUCCCGCGGCAACGGUGGCAUGGUGGGUGGUGGUGGUGGGUCUAUUGGCGGCGGCGGCGGCGGCGGCGGCGGCGUCAACGGCGGCACUGGCGGUGGUGGUGGUGGUCACUUUCUGCGUGCCGACGACGACGACGACGACUCACAGAAUAUCUCAAAUGAUUUCACUGACGAUGACGAUGACGAUCACUCAGAGAAUGAGUACGAUUCGGACGAACUGCCCGACAGUGAUAAUGCACUACUGAACGGAUUGCAGUUGCCCGUUAACGGAUUGCAGCCAUACCUGUUGCUGCAGGGCAAGACCAUGGUCGAUCCCAAGGGAGAGGAUGACGCUAUCUUUAAGGAUAGUGAGGCGGACUCGGACUGUUUGAGUGAUCGCAAGUACGCGUUGGACGAGCAGAAGUACGGCACCAACGCAUUGUACGUUCCGGAAUGUACUCCUGACGGACGAUACCAGCGAGUACAGUGCUACCGCUCGACGGGAUACUGCUGGUGUGUGAACGAGGAUACGGGCAAGAACAUUCCGGGCACCUCUACCAAGGACGAGAAACCGGUGUGCGAUCAGUACGCAUCGUCCACGCGACCAAUGAAAGGAUGUCCCGAGGAAAAGAAGGUCGAGUUUCUGAAGGACUUGAAGUCGUUCCUGAGCAAACAGGUGUCGACAUCGUUUGCCGGUAAAAUCAUACCGGUGUGGAAUACGGAGGAGGAAAAGAUAGCCAUACUGAGCUUUGUGCUUUUGGACAAGAAUCAAAACAAACAGCUGGAGCGAAAGGAGUGGAAAGCUUUCCGUGAGCUAGUCACCGCCACAAGACAACUGCGAAAGUGUGGCAAGAAAAUGCCCCGCUACUGCGAUGUGAACAGCGACCGAAAGAUAACGCUGUCCGAAUGGAUGAGCUGCUUGGAUGGUAAGCGCAACAGCUCGGUGGACGUGGCAGCCAUGAGUGCUCCGUUGGUGCAGGCUGAGCUGAAGUCUACCAGCAGUGGCAGCAGCAGUGGCAUCAGCAGUAUCAGUAGCUCUCCGUCGGCAACCAGCACGAAGUUUAAGGGAAGGAAUCCGCUCGAGUUUGUGCUGAAGAGUGACUAGUGGCGGAGGAGCAAACGCGGCAUCCAGAAAAGCGAGACUUAAAUCCUAAACACAUCGAAUCGUAGGUGAUGCCGCGCAGGGCAAAGGCCUACUGUGCGCUAUCACUCGCUCUCACACACUCUCUCUCUCUCUCUCCGUGCCAAUGGAAUGGGUUCGUAUUUUGCUUAUAGUAGUAAUGCCGGCCUCACUCCACUCAGUAUUGCAUCCCGGUGGUUGAUGAAGGCCUCUCCAAUAUCCAGUCUCCAGUGAUAGAGAAGCGAGCUUUCCUUGUUUUCUGUUGGACGUGGCGCUCUGCGGUGGACCGAGUUAGGCGAAGAUCAGUAUUAGCAAUCGAUGGGACGCAUAGGACGUACCAUCCAGAAAGUGAACCGGAAGUACCACCGGGAACGAUCCGAGGUUACCGUCCGGCCAGGUGCGCGUGCUCUGUUGCUCAUCCACUGACUGGCAAGACGGGCAGGCAGGCAGGCAGCGUUUAUAGAAGAGUGUGGUGUAUUGGCUCCCUCGGUAGAACCGUUCCCUUUUUCCACCAGUUCGCGGCUUUUUGUGCCUCACGAAAUUGCUAAAAGUGCGUGUGAUAUAUGUUAUUCAUUUCUAAUGUGUUUAUAUGUAAGUAAAAGCCUAACAAAACCCGAGUAGGUACAGGUAGGUGGAACAUUUUUAACCCACAACCACGAGUGUAGUACGAGCGAGAAGAAAGGGAAGGAGACCACAACAGAAGGUCCGUAACGCAGGUUAAACAUUUUACGUUUAGAGUUAAAGUAAGUGUAAGGUAAGGGAAGUCGUGCACGGGAACAGGGCAUUUAGCGCCUGGAAGUAUGCUUCCCAGUUAAAUGUCGCCUUCGUUGACGGAUGUGACGCCAUCUCUUGUAUUUAUCGAUUGGGAGUCCGUGUGUGCACUUCGGCAUCACACCAGAACGGACCCACAGCAGCGUGUGAGGAGUCUCCUGUUUCGAGUGAGUUCCGAGACCGGUUGUAAGGGAUAGACGAAGAGAUUGAGAUUGUUUUUUUAUGCAAAAUAAUAAGUAUGGCUUCCGCAGGUCAGCUAAAGUGUAAGCUAAUCGUAGCCAGUGCA